GUCUUUACGCAUCUUCGCUCCUGCGCGCGCCUCCGGAUUACACCUGCAGUCUCCGUUUAUUUUAUGUUUUAUCAGGUGCUGUGAUGAUGAUGAUGAUGAUGAUGAUGAUGAUGAUGAUGGUGAUAAAGAUGAAGAUGAGGAGGAGCAAGUGUGUCUGUUGGUGAAGACCCGGGCUCGUGAGACUCUCCGCAGCUGCUCGUGCGUCAGAACUUUUUGAGCGUGUGUUCGCCGGUGAGGCUGUCCGGCGCCGCGAGCUGACCGUCCGUCUCCGGGCGUUGCUGCCACGCGCGGUGCCGACUUCUCCUGUCCCAUGAAGAAGGGAUUUCCUCCCUGACCUCCGUUCUUCUGGCCUCAAAGGGAGCCUCAUUGUUCUUCCAUCCCUGAGGAGUUUCAUCACUAAGUCAUACGAGCAACACCAGAAGCAACGCACUAAACUGCCAAGGUCUGCGUUUUUUCCUCCCUCGCUCUUUUACUUUUUUUAUGACUACGUUUUUCUUAUUUUUUCUCACUUUUUCACUCUUUUGCUUAGUUGAACACUUCGUCACGUAAGAGCCCAGAAUUCCGUGCAGCCGCUCCGUCGGCGUAGGUAUUUCUUUUUCUUUUCUUUUUUUUUUUUUUUAAGGGCCCGUCCAGAUGUCCUGCUGUGGCCCCCUCAUGUUUAGCCCCAUCUGGCUAGCAGUUCUACUUCUCCCCCUAGUGGACUUGGGACGCUGGGGGUUAAGCUCAGGGGUCAGCGGCACAACAUCAGAGCCCCGGAAGGCCCCUGGAGCCCCUUGGGAAAGCCUGCAAAGACAGAAAAGAAACUGGGUGUGGAAUCAGUUCUUUGUUCUGGAGGAAUACACCGGCACUGACCCGCUUUACGUCGGCAAGCUCCACUCAGACGUAGAUAAGGGAGAUGGAAAUGUAAAGUAUGUCUUGACCGGCGAGGGCGCGUCCUCCAUCUUCACCAUCGAUGAAAACACAGGGGAUAUCCACGCCACCAAACGUCUGGACCGCGAGGAGCAGGGAUACUACACCCUGCGGGCGCAAGCUGUUGACCGCGAGACCAACAUACCAGUGGAGGACGAGUCGGAGUUCAUCGUCAAGGUGCAGGACAUCAAUGACAAUGAACCCAAGUUUCCUGAUGGACCGUACACAGCCGGAGUGCCCGAGAUGUCUCCUCUUGGCACCACGGUGGUCCAGGUGGCGGCGACGGACGCAGAUGACCCCACAUAUGGCCACAGCGCGAGAGUCGUGUACAGCAUCAUCCACGGGCAGCCGUACUUCUCCGUGGAGCCCAAAACAGGAAUUGUACGAACAGCCCUGCCCAACAUGGACCGUGAGACACGGGACGAGUACGUGCUAGUCAUCCAGGCCAAGGACAUGAUGGGUCAGCUCGGCGGCCUGUCCGGCACCACCUCUGUAACGGUUACUCUGACUGACGUCAACGACAAUCCGCCUCGUUUCUCCCGAAAGCUGUAUCAGUACUCCGUGCUGGAGUCUGUGCCUGUGGCAUCUGUGGUGGCCAGACUGAAGGCAGCAGACCCAGAUAUUGGAUCCAACGCUGAGAUGGACUACCGCAUAGUGGACGGAGAUGGGCCCGGCCUGUUCAACAUCACCACGGACGAGGAGACGCAGGAGGGAGUCAUCAUUCUGCAGAGGCCUCUAGACUACGAGACGAAAAGCACGUUCUCUCUGAGGAUCGAGGCCACUAAUCGGAAUAUUGACCCCCAGUUCCUGACCUUCGGGCCCUUCAGUGACAUGACGGUCAUAAAGGUCAAUGUAGAAGAUGUGAACGAGCCACCGGUUUUCACCAAUCCAGUCAUUAAGAUGACGGUGUCUGAAGCUGCCAGGGUGGGCACCACCAUCGGCACGGUCUCCGCUCACGACCCCGACUCUGCCAGCAGUGCCAUCAGGUACUCCAUAGACCGGAACACAGAUCUGGAGCGCUACUUUAAUGUGGAUGCUAUGUCUGGGGUCAUCAGCACAGCCAAGCCACUGGACAGAGAGGUCAACUCGGUCCAUAACAUCACCAUCUUUGCCAUGGAGAGCCAGGACCCGUCUCAGGUGGGAAGAGGCAUAGCUGUCAUCACAGUGAUGGACAUAAAUGACAACGCUCCAGUCUUCGCCAUUGAAUAUGAGACACGCAUGUGUGAAAAUGCAUCACCUGGACAGGUGAUCCAGACCAUCAGCGCGGUGGAUAAAGACGAGCCUCCCAGUGGCCAUCGCUUCUACUUCUCCCUCGCUCUUCCUGCAGGCAGCAACCACAACUUCACCCUGAGAGACAACAAAGAUAACACCGCGUCGGUGCUGACGAAGCGGGGUGGGUUCCGCCGGAGGGAGCAGGCUUUGUACCAGCUGCCCGUGCUGAUAGUGGACAGUGGAAGCCCUGCCCUCAGCAGCACUAACACGCUGUCGGUGCGAGUGUGCGACUGCGACGGAGACGGCGUUCCUCAGGCGUGCGGCGCCGUGGCCUACACGCUUCCCGCAGGCCUCAGCACCGGAGCUCUGCUGGCCAUCCUCGGCUGCAUCUUCACUCUGCUGGUUCUCGUCUUGCUGAUCGUGACGAUGCGGCGCCGACGGAAGGAGCCCCUGAUCCUGGACGACGAGCGAGACGUUCGGGAGAACAUCGUCCGCUACGACGAUGAAGGUGGCGGCGAGGAGGACACGGAGGCUUUCGACAUGGUCACCCUUCGCAACCUCAACAUCAUGCGUGAUCCCAAAGUUCGGCGGGACGUCACUCCCGAGACCCCGACCUUCUUCUCCUACCCAUCGUCCUCAGCCUCCAGAGCGGCGUACAAGGUGCUUCCGGACAACAUGCUGUUUCGAGAGUUCAUCUGGGACCGGCUGAAGGAGGCAGACGUGGACCCUACGGCGCCGCCGUACGACUCGCUGCAGACCUACGCCUUCGAAGGCACUGGUUCGGUGGCGGAAUCGCUCAGCUCGCUCGAAUCUCUGAGCUCGGACUCAGAACAGAGCUACGACUACCUCAGCAACUGGGGGCCUCGCUUCAAAAAACUCGCAGACCUGUACGGAACGAUGGAAGGAAGCGGCGUUUUCUCGUAGCCUCGCUCAUCUUCGGGAAAAAACAACUUGACCGAAGUCGAACUAGAGGAGAUGUAUUAGGAGGGCGAGGCGGAGUAAAGUACCUGGGUUCAAACUAGCAUUUAUAGCUUUACCAAGAUGAAUGUUUUAGAACUUUGUUGAACGUUGUGAUCAGUUCUGCUGUGGGUGGAGAAUACAGGAAAGUCCCUGGAUUUAGAUCAUGGCGUACGAGGGAAGGACAGGAGAAAAAAACAGAUUUGAGAUUAGGAAUUUGUUUGUUUACAUGUUUAGGGUUUGAAGUAGUGAGACAUAAUGAGGCUUGGCAGUUCAGAUGCUGUGAUCUGCUAGGCGGGAAAAGCUUUGAGGGAAAGACAUAAAGUGUGAAACCAGGCUUCUGGCCAGCCACAGAAACUCCUCCGUAUCUGAUGGCGGGACUUGAUCUUUUCAUCUUGUCACGUGGUAAAAAGGCCUGAGAACUUCUGGGAUGUUUUCCCUCCCGAAAAAUGCUCCGUCUUUGAACUGUCGACUGAAACUUCUCGUGCGUGAGCUUCGUCAAGAGCGUCAAUGUUCUGUUUUACUUUCCAUUCUUAACGGAACCUUCCUGGAAUCCUGAAUGUGCGAACAAAAGAUCCUUCGUUCAGGAAGGACAGAGACUUUACUUUUCUUCUUCUUCUUUGCUUUUGUUUAACAUAUUGUGACUAGGCUGAUAUGCAGGGCCGGCUCUAGCUUUUUGGGACCCUAAGCAGGAUCUUUCGGGGGUCUCCUCUUCUCCCUAGAUGACGUACUGUCAAAUUAACGAUGACGACACCAAGCUGUCUAAAUCCUAUACAUUCAUAACUGACUGAUUGUGUUUUGCUGAUGACUGGAUGCUUGUUUGGGGUUCUAAUAAGUUACAUUCUUAAAAAGGAUGGUUCUGCAAAUGGUAUUCUGAAAGAGUAGCACUGUAGAACCAUAUACAUAAAGUACACAGAACCACAUACAACACAUUCUCCAUCAGUCAGAUCCCUUUCAUGAUGCAAAGAACCCAUCAAUCAUGCAGAUGGUUCUUUGAGUGUUUAAGGUUCUAUAUAGAACAUCUUCUUUACUAAAGAACUCUUGAAGAACCAUCUUUUUAAGAGUGUAGUCAACAUAGAAACCACUAUAAAGGAGCCCUCAUUUAUAGUAUUUCAUUUUAAGCAGAACGUUCUUAAAGGAGUAUACUAAAUAAUUUGAUAGUGACCCAGCUAGAACUUAUUUGUUCUAAAAACAUUCUGACAGUAUUACACACACGUUCUAUUAAGGUUUUAUGAGGGAUUAUUUCUUUUUUCAUUUCGAACUGAUGGAGAAUGUGUUGUGUGAUUAUAUUUACAUAUGACUUUUGAAAAAGGUUCUAUAUAGCAACUAAAAGAGUAGCAUUGUAGAACCAUAGAACCACAUGCAACACGUUCUCCAUCAAUCUAAACAACGAUUUCACCAUGCAAAGAACUGUUUAAGCAUGAAAUCAUUCUACAUAGAACUCAUGGUUCUAAAUAGAGCUAUUCUCUUUACGAAAGAACCCCUGAAGAACCAUCUCGAGCAUUCUGGAUCUCAGAAGGAGCAGAAAACAUUGACUUUAGCCGUUAUUCAGUUUAUUUUAACUGUCUGUUUGACUUUAUUCAGUGAACUUUAUUAGCUUAGGAACAUUUUUACACACAUUAAUGUAGAGUUUUACACUUAAAUUAGGAAAGUACAUGUCGGCUUGAUUUAGCCCCAGAGAACACAAGGCCUCUCCGAGCCUCCAUACUGUAGAAUCCUCUUUUCCCCAGAAUCUGCUUGCACUUUUACUACAUGUCAAUUCACACAUGUAUAAUCUGAGGUUAUUACAGCUCAUGUUAUAGAAGGUAAAAUGUGCCAGAAUCUUUACUGAUGCAUUCAGGCAGGACUAAAAUCACUGAGAAACAACAGAAGACUUUAGGCAGUUAACCUGCCCUGUUAGACAGACCCCAGAUCUACUAGUUUCUCUCCUACACGCCAAAACAAACACCACAACUUUAAAACCACCUUAAAGCUUUUACUCCUCAUCUCUUUUUCUUCUCCUGUUGCUCUUUUUUUCCCUCACUCCAGCAUCUUAGGCAACACAAUGGCACUGUAAAGUUAUUAAGGGGCCCCCUGGUGGCCACAGGGCCCUCAACCACUGCUUAUGUCGCUUAUUAGGUAGAGCCAGCACUGCUGGUAGGUUCACUCUAGAUCCGAUUUGAUGCCCGGUGGUGAGAUGGUUUGGUGUUCUGCAGAUGUGACCCUGUGGUUUUCGACAGUUCUGUUUUGCUGUUCUAAAUGUCUUAAAUUGUAACGCAGUGAAGCCGGUGGGUAAGACAAGACUGGGUUCUUUGACUCGAACGGGAACGAGUCACAACUUUCGUUUUUGUUUUUCUUACAUUUGUAAAAGAAUUGCACCUCGCUUACUCUUCAAAAGAGACUGUCCGAGGUAUUUUGUUACGUAUCGUUAAAUUCGACUACGAUUUAUGAAAGAAAGGCCUAAUUCUGAAUACAGCAUUCACAAAUCUGAAAGGAAAAGAGCUUCUUGAAGGGAAAACAGCAUAGCUCUUAUUGACAUACCUCCAUCAGCAAGAGAGAAACCAAGGACAGCCGCUGCUUAUGCUGAUUAUGGAUGAGCGAGAAGAAAGGACACCAGCUCGACAGUGGAAGCGAAAGUGAAGGAGUUCUCCAGUGAGGAAACAAAAUGCCUUUUUUAGCCGUUGCUACUGAACUUUGAUGUGUUAUAAUCGAGUCUUUUCUCUAAUUUAUUUUGAAGACACAAGUAAAAGAAAGGAUGUGAAGAAUGUUCGUAAUUUUCUUUCUUUUUUUUUCCUGACAAUAAAAAGGA